AUGUUGACUGAUUCAAAAUUCCAGGAAAUCCAAGAAGCAACCGCUUCAGAACCCCUCUCUCUGGAAGAGGAAUACGCCAUGCAGCGCAGCUGGCGGCAAGACGCGGAUAAACUGACCUUUAUCAUCUGCCAACCUGUUUCUGCAACCAACAACGACCAAAUUCAAAACUCAGAUGAUACCUCUGGGGGUCCUGCUAUCCAGCUUCAUCCCGAUAGCGACUCACCACCCAACAUGGUCGGCGACAUCAACCUCUUCCUGCGCAUCGACGACGGUGACGAUGGCGAUGACCCGCCCCAUAUUGUUGGCGAGAUCGAGCUCAUGGUUGCUGAUAAGGUCAACCAGCGCCGUGGGUUUGGGCGCGCUGCGCUGCUUGUGUUUUUGAGGUAUAUUGCUGAGCGGCAGAGCGAGAUUCUGGAUGAGUUUGUUUGUGGUGGGACUGUUGAUCGGGAGAUUUUGACCAAGCUGCAUGCUGCUGCUGCUGCCUUUCCUUCUACGGGGAAAGAUAGUCAAAGGCCAAAGCUUUCCUUUUCGUGCUUGAGUGUCAAGAUUGGUCAGUCGAAUACCGGCAGCCUCGCGCUAUUUGAGAGUCUUUCGUUCGAGAAAAUCUCGGCACAGCCUAAUUUCUUUGGAGAGUUUGAGCUGCGCCGGGGGGAUUUGAGUCGGGGGGCUGUUGAGGAGGCUCUGCAGUUGGCUGGUGUUGAUGGUUACUCGGAGAUGUCGCAUGAACGCACGCAAUAG